UCUUGAAUCUCGACUCUCGACAGCUCGCCUACAUCCUUAUUAUCUGAGCGCCCCACAGCCCAUAUGUACGCAUCUGCUCAAGGGACUAAAGUGGCUGAAGAUGAACAGAAGCGAUAGCAGCAAGAGUCGAAGCCGGACAGACGACCAAGGCGGUCAUCGCGGUGGACGCGAACACGAACGCGACUCGGCUCGGCACAUUGGCAGCAGGGGCUGCAGUCGCAGCCUUAGCCCUGACCGAUCGAUGCGUUCUCACAAAGAUGAGAAGGGCAAGCAUCGUGAACGGGAGCGGGAGGGGCGAGAACAUGAUGGUGAAAGCCAUCCCAGAAGAGACAAGGAACAUGAAAGUACCCUUGACCGUGAGCGAGAUCGGCAUCGCGACCGAGACGGUCGAAAACGGCGUUCGCAUAGGCGUUCGCGCUCGCGCAGCGUCUCUUCCGCCUCCAGCUCAAGCUCCGGUGGAAGCUCGGGGAGAAGCCGAAGUCGAGGCGCAGAUUCACAUCACAGGCACGAGCGACACCGUCAUUCUUCACGUCGGCAUCGCGACAGAGAUAGAGGCAAAGAGAGUGAUAAUGACAGCAGGGGGCAGCAUGCUCGUGAUCGUGAUCGCGACCGGGACCACCGGAAUCAUCAUUCAACUUCAAGACAACACUCUUCGCGGCACCGACAUCGUGAUGAUAAGGAGACAAAGGAGGAGCGUCGAGCGAGGAAGGAAAGGAAGAUGCAGAAGAGAAAGCGCAAGUACGCAAAAGAGAGCAACUUGGGUGCUAUUCAGGAAUAUGGCAAGCACGGUAUCAUCUCAGAGCAGGAGUGAGUCGCCUCCCCGCUUUGGAUCUUUGAUCAAUCUUGACGCAAUUUCAAUGCGUCCAUUUGAAUGAUCGCAGCGUGAACAGCCGAUUUCAAGGCGAGUUCCGAACCUGGCUAGUUGAAGAGCGGCA